AUGAUAACUGUUGAAAAUGUCGAUUAUGAGAUCGUGAGAAAUGAGUCUUUUUGGGAUUUCAAAGGAUACUCUGACGCUGUUGACAGCUGGCCCUUCAUGGCAUCACCAUACCCGAUGAUGGCGAUUACCUGUUCAUACCUUUUAUUCGUAUUAAAAAUUGGACCAGCCUAUAUGAAGAAUCGUCAACCAUACCACUUACGUAACAUUAUCGUGGCGUAUAAUUUUUGUCAAGUGGGAGUAUCGGUGUAUGUGGUUUAUUUGGCUUGUAAGUUGCAAAUCCCGCAUGGGUGGAUAUCAAAAACUUGUCUUAUGGAAAGAGAGGAUACAAGGAAUGAGAUCAUGAAAUUAAUGUACUACUACUUUCUGAGGAAAAUAAGUGAAUUGUCGGACACAAUAUUCUUUGUACUUCGCAAAAAGAACAAUCAAGCCUCAUUCCUUCACGUUUAUCAUCAUUCUAUGAUGGUAGUUACUGCGUGGGGUAUCCUGAAGUAUGAACCAACGUACCCAUCUGUAUUUUUAAGGAACAUAAAUUCAUUAGUACAUGUUAUAAUGUACUUGUAUUAUGGACUUUCAUCAUUCCCGAGUUUGGCAAAAUAUCUUUGGUGGAAGAAAUAUAUUACUAGUCUGCAGUUGAUUCAAUUCUUACUGAUUAUACUUCACUUAUCACUUACAUACGUAUAUUCAGAAUGUACACCAUCGUUUGGAUUAGCUGUGGUGAUUUACGGGAAUACGCUUUUCAUGACAGUGUUAUUUUCAAGAUUUUACUUGGAGACUUACAAAAAAAGGGAUGUUAAGAAAAGAGAAUAA